AGCUAAAAAGAGGCUCGGUGUUUACAGCUCAAAGCCGUGGGAGUAAAUGAGAACCACCCCAAAGCAGCGUCGCGGCUCCUCUCAUUUCUCUCAAUCUCUUUUCUCUUUUCUCUUUUCUCUUUUCUCUUUCUCUUUCAUCGGCUGGCUUAUCAGAUCUGGCGCCUAAGCCUUCUCCUUUCCCGCUUCUCUUUCAAUUUUCUCUCUCUUCCUCCAAAACUCAAACUCAUUUCUCUCCUCCCCUCCCCUCCCCUCACCACAGGGAGGAGGAACAAGCUGCUGCUGUUGUUGCUACUCUCUCCAAUGCCGCCAAUCGAAUUUAUCCGAUUUUAGCUUGAUGUUUCUCUCAAUCUCACACCUGAUCAACAUUGAUGGCCGAGAUAUUUAUUAAUGGUUGUUGCAAUACGCUAUCUGUUGCAGCUAUUAGCGUGCUGCUUUCUGAAGAUUUAUUUUACUGUGUGAGAGGCUCCUCGCCAUGAGAAAUAAUGAAUUAAAAAAUUUCAAUGUUCUACUGGAGGGUUUGUCUUGUUGUUGUGCUACUUUGUUGAGCAUCAGAGGUAGACUCCUUGCUUGGGACUGAAGCAGAUUAUGGAGUGGAAUGGUAGUACAACUUUCAGAAACUUGAAAGAUAUAGAGCCAAAGUCUGUGAUGGAUGUGGGACUUAUUGCAAGCAUAGAUGCAGUUAAUGUGGCAUUGAAUUCUUCUGAAAAAGGAAAUGACAAUAUAUCACCAAAACCACGAAAGAAGACUAUGACAUCAGUAUAUCUCAAAUAUUUUGAGACUGCUCCUGACGGAAAGAGCCGUAGGUGUAAGUUUUGUGGACAGAUGUAUUCCAUUGCAACUGCAACUGGCAAUUUGGGAAGACAUCUUGGUAGUCGUCAUCCAGGUUAUGAUAAUUCUGGGGAAAUGAUCCCAAGUACUGCUCCACAGACCAGUCAAAUUGUAAUAAAGAAACAUCAAUCUGAAGUCAAAACACCAAAAUUUGAUAUUGAUCACCUGAAUUGGCUGCUUAUUAAGUGGCUAACUUCGUCUUCUCUACCUCCCUCAACCUUAGAGGAGACCUGGCUGCUGAACUCCUUCAAGUUUGCCAACCCUUCCGUUCAGAUAUGGUCUAAAGAGAAACUCCAGGGUGUUUUAUGUGAAGUUUUCAGGAGUAUGCAGGAAGAUGUACAGACAACUUUGCAGCACGUGUCCUCUAAGGUUGCAAUUGCGCUUGAAUUCUGGACAUCUUAUGAACAAAUUUAUUACAUGAGUGUUAUGUGCCAUUGGAUUGAUGAGAGCUGGACUUUCCAAAAGGUCCUUCUUGAUAUUUGUCGCAUACCUUAUCCAUGUAGUGGUGCUGAGAUAUAUCAUGCUUUGGUUAAGGUCUUGAAGAUUUAUAAUAUUGAUGAUAAAGUCGUUGCUUGCACACAUGAUAAUAGCGAGAGUGCGAUGCAUGCAUGCCACAAACUAAAAGAAGAUAUGGAUGGGCAAAAGGUGGGACCUUUCUGCUAUAUCCCCUGUGCUGCUCAGACACUGAACAUGGUGAUAGAAGAUGGUUUAAGAACAACAAAACAAAUAAUCUCUAAGGUCAGGGAGUUUGUUAUAGAGAUGAAUGCUUCCCCUGCAAUCAUGGAGGACUUUUUGCAGUCAACAGCAGCUUAUCAAGAAAGCAUCUGGAGAUUCCCCCUUGACACUUCUGCUCGUUGGAAUGGACAUUAUCAGAUGAUGGAUAUUGUCCGCAAGGCAAGCAAGUCAAUGGAUGGUGUCAUAAGGAAGCAUGAAGACUCAUUAGGUAAUAGAAUGCUACUGAAUUCUGUCGAAAGGAAUGCAGUUACCAUUAUGCAUGGAUACUUAGAACCCUUCUAUAAGACCACGAACGACAUAUGUUCAAACAAGGUUCCUACCAUAGGCCUAGUACUGUUUUUCAUGGAUCAUAUAUCUGACAUGAUUGCAGCAUGCAAAGAUUCUUGCCAUUAUCCAGAUUGGCUAAAGAGUGCGGCUGAGGAAAUGUCCCUAAAGUCCAGCAGUUACAAUGACCAGGUUUCCAAUAUAUUUACUUACAUGACAGCAAUUCUUGAUCCUCGGAUCAAAGUCGAACUCAUACCAGAGACACUUAACUCGGAGAACAAUUUGGAGGAAGCAAGAAGCCAUUUCCUUGGAAAUUAUUCUACCACUCAUUUUUCAUCUGUGAACAAUAUUUAUGGUACUUCAGAGAAGGAAGAAGGUGGUAGUGUAUCUUUCGCAGAGGAAAUAGCCCGAAAAAAACGGAGGGCGAGCAUGAGCGUCGCAACUGAUGAGCUGACCCAAUAUCUGUCAGAGCCUCCAGCUCCGAUAACUACAGAUGUUUUGGAAUGGUGGAAAGCGAAUAGUGGACGUUAUCCACGAUUGUCUCUAAUGGCCCGGGACUUUUUAUCAAUGCAAGCAACAUCUGUAGCACCUGAAGAACUGUUCUCCAGCAAAGGGGAUGAACUUGACAGGCAAAGGUUUGGUUUGCCAACUUCGACUGUGCAGGCUCUACUUUGUAUUAAGUCAUGGACUGAUGGUGGGGUUAAGGUGAAAUACAAAUUAACUGAAAUCGACUAUGAUAUGCUUAUGGAGUUGGCUACUGAAACUACAUCCCAGAAUUGCAAAACUGGUUUUGACAAGAAACCAAAAUAACAGAGUCUGAUAAGGAACUAUUGGCAAAUUGUAAAGUGAGAAAUGUUUAACAGCUCAAACAGCUGACCCUGUUGUAAGAUUAUUUGUAUACUGCAUUCAUGUAUAUAUAUCAGACAUGAUUAUUGUAAUAGAAGGAUGCUUUGAAUUCAUGUAUUUGAGAAGUUGAGUUGAUUGUUGCAGGAAGUUGCAUUUGGUAUGUAUUUAUCUCGGUGUAAUAAAGUUCCAAAAUAUAUUAAAUUUAUUGUCCUAUAA